GGCUUCACCCAGCUCGCUCCUGGGGGCGGGGCGAAGGGCGGAGGGGAGGCGGUGCUGCGCCUGCGCGGAGAGGAUUCCAGGGUCUGGGACGCGGCCGCACUGAUCUAAGUGACUGGAGGCAAGAUGCAGGACCCCAAUGCAGACACCGAGUGGAAUGACAUCUUACGCAAGAAGGGCAUCCUGCCCCCAAAGGAGGGCCUGAAGGAACUGGAAGAGGAAGAAGCAGAGAAGGAGGAGCAGCGACUCCUUCAGCAGUCAGUGGUGAAAACAUACGAAGACAUGACUUUGGAGGAGCUGGAGGAGAAUGAGGAUGAGUUCAACGAGGAGGAUGAACGUGCCAUCGAGAUGUAUCGGCAGCAGAGGCUGGCUGAGUGGAAGGCGACUCAGCUGAAGAACAAAUUUGGAGAAGUUUUAGAGAUCUCAGGAAAGGAUUAUGUUCAGGAAGUCACCAGAGCCGGCGAGGGCUUGUGGGUGAUCUUACACCUGUACAAGCAAGGGAUUCCCCUCUGUUCCUUGAUAAACCAGCACUUGAGCGGACUGGCCAGGAAGUUUCCCGAUGUGAAAUUUAUCAAAGCCAUUUCAACGACCUGCAUCCCCAAUUACCCCGAUAGGAAUCUGCCCACGGUGUUCGUCUACCUGGAAGGUGACAUCAAGGCCCAGUUCAUUGGCCCUCUGGUGUUCGGCGGCAUGAACCUGACGAGAGAUGAGUUGGAGUGGAAACUGUCGGAGUCAGGAGCAAUCAAGACAGACCUGGAGGAGAACCCCAGGAAGCCGGUUGAAGAUGUCUUGCUGUCCUCAGUGCGAGGCUCUGUCCCCAUGAGAAGGGACAGCGAUUCUGAGGGCGACUAAGAAAGCAGCCACUGUACCUUUUUGAACUUUCUUGAUAGGACGUAUUGUCUGGAUUUUUAAUAAGGAGGAAAAAGCAAAAAUUUAUCGUGUUUUGGUUUUUAACCUUUUUAUAAUUAUUUAAAUUUUAUACAUUCAGAAAUCAUCGCUGGAAAUUUUAUUAAAUUCCUUGGAACUCUUUUUAAAUUAAUAAUGUUUCUUUAAGAAAAAUUUAAACAAGCUUUAUGCCAAAUAUCUGUUUUCCUAUAUGUAUUUCAGCAAACCAUGAAACUGUUUAGUAUUUUUUGACAUGCGACUGUGUAGAAAAGAAUAUGGAGUUGUUUUUUUGUUUGUUAAUAAUGUGAAUAAAUUAACUGUUUAAAAAAUAA